UAUGAGAAAAGAAAAUCUUAAAAUUUGUUGUUUUUUUUAAUCAGUUUUGGUUUUGUCAAUGAAAUAUCAAAAUGAAUAAAUGUAGAAAAGCACUUUUUGUUUGAAAUACAAUCAUAAGGUUUAUGGAGCAUAACUACAAGGAAGAAUGCCGUCUCUUGAGAAGCAGAGGGGAAAUAGUAAAUGGGAAGAAAACUGAGGUUAAAGCUAUAAUCUAAGCUCAACUACAUUGGCAAAAGCUGCUUUUUUUCCACACAGGCAACUGGUUGUGUUGUGAACCAGUCAGCACUUCACUGCAGACAAGUUCUGUUAGCAAAACAGGACACACUGUUUCCUCCUGUGUACCACAGCAUAACGCAAAUCUACAAUCAUUUGGUAUUUUACCUCUUUCUGGCGAUGAAGAGUUUCUUCUGGUUUUCUAAGUUCUUUAUGACUUAUUUAAGUUUACCAAACACUUUGGUUUGUGCACCAAACCUUCUAUCAUGUAAAUGAGCUAAAGCAAAAAGAAUAUGAGAAAGAAAGGAAGGGCUUUAUUUUUAAAUAGAAGAUUGGUCAGAAGUGGGGAAGUGCAACAACAGCAAGGAACUUGUGUAAAAGUAAAAGCAGCUGCGCAGACAGAUUUCCUCCAUCUUGAUGUCUGGGUAAAGAAAACCGACAGACGUCCAAACCAUUUGGAAAUCAUGAAGAGGAGUUUGGUUUUUGCUGUUGUCCUCCUUCUGGAAGGGGUCUUUCAGAUUGAAACCAUGUCAGUAACAGGAACUGUGGGGGGAUCAGUCACAAUAACAUGCUCUCAUUCUUAUGCCACCACCAAUGUCAAAUAUUUCUGCAAAGGAGCGUGCGAUGGUGCAGACAUCAUGAUAAAGAGCAGGCCCAUGCAGCAAGAGGGGAAGUACUCUAUAAAAGAUAAUGGGAACACAUUCUAUGUAACAAUAUCAAACCUGGAAAUGAGCGAUGGAGGAGUUUACUGGUGUGGCAUUGAGAGAGUGGGAGUGGACACGUACAGCAAAGUGACCCUCACUGUAGCAGAAGAGAAUCCAGGAAGCAGCCUAAAGAUGCCGGAUUCUAGUAAGAUGGUGUAUCUUGGAGCAGGUCUUGGUGUGGCGGUGCUGGCUCUGGCGACCGUCCUGCUGUUAUUCUUCAGACUCAGAAAAAGAGACGUCAGCACGUCUCAAGGAAAAAAUGAUGAUGUUACAUAUUCGAAGCCCUCAAUCCAGAAGAAAACCCAACCUGCCAACACAACAUCAGUCACUGGGGAGCCAGAUUUCAGGAUCAACGCGGAUCAGUUGGAGGUUCUGUACUCUAACAUCCGUUCAGAGCCUGAGAUCCAGUUGGAUGACCUCUGUUAUUCCACUGUGAGCUUCAGCGAACACCCAGCCCGCAGCGCUGUCUCUCCUCAAACCGAACUGACCACAUACUCGUCUGUUAAAUCCAAACCUGCCAGCUGAACAGCUUCAAAGUUCAGACAAAUCUAAUUUUUUAACAUCUUUGACCCAGAAAAUUAUAUCUAGUGAUUACAGCAGAUGUUUUUUUAAAUUUAUUCAUGUGUCCUAUAAAUCAGAAUAUGUGUUUCACUCAGGCUCAGUUGUCAGCUGUUUUUUAAAAUUCCAUCCAUCCAUUCAUUCAUCCAUCCAUCCAUCCAUUCAUUCAUCCAUCCAUCAUCUUCCUCUUAUCCGGGGUCGAGUCACAGGGUAGCAGCUUCAGAAGGGAGGCCCAGACUUCUCUCUCCCCAGCCACUUCUUCCAGCUCCUCUGGAGGAAUCCCAAGGCGUUCCCAGGCCAGCCGAGAGACAUAGUCCCUCCAGCGUGUCCUGGGUCUUCCUCCUCCCGGUGGGACGUGCCCGGAACACCUCACCAGGGAGGCGUCCAGGAGGCAUCCUGACCAGAUGCCCGAGGCACCUCAACUGGCCCCUCUCGACGUGAAGGAGCAGGGGCUCUACUCUGAGUCUCUCCCGGAUGACUGAGCUUCUCACCCUAUCUCUAAGGGAGAGCCCAGACACCCUACGGAGAAAACACAUUUCAGCCGCUUGUAUCCGUGAUCUUGUUCUUUUUUCAAAAUUAUCAUUAUAAAUUAUUUCAAAAGCUCAGCAUAAAAAGAUUUUAAAAAUAUGCAAUUCUUUUAUUUAGUUUCAUACUCAUCUUUAUUCCUUCUUAUUACCUUUGAAUACUUUGGAGUUUAUUUUAUCUUCCUCUUAAAGCAGCGUUAAUUAUACAGAAAAUUACAAUUUAGGCUAAAUAGUUUCAUACAUGUAAACUCAAAAGGAACAAAGAAAUAAACUAUAACAAAUUUCCAUUUUGUUAUCAAAAAAUUAUAUAGAAGUUUUUUUGAAAAUUGGUUGGAAAAUCUAAUUAUAUCAUCUAACUUUUUUCAAACAGUGAUCCAACAAAAAUAUUAAUGCAUAUUAAGCCAAAACUCUGUUUAUGUUAACUCCAAACAAUGCUGUCAUCUAGUGGACAGUUUCUAAUUGUAAAAAAAAUUUUGUUUUUUUUCUUUCUUCAUGAGUUGCUCUGCAUUGUUGCAGAUUUUUAUGCCUUAGAAGUUUCAGUAGUAAUCUCUCUGGUUUAUUUCUUUUACAACAAAUCACACAUAAAUGGAUGUUUUUCAUGUUUUUUAAUUCAAUCACUCAUUCAAAUUCUAAAAUUAUACAGAUAAAGUAUUUGUUUGAGCCAAAAUCUUUAUUAUUUUAAAAUUACCUCGUGGGUGACAUAUUCUGAAGUCAAGUGCAUAACCUUUUAUUGCCAUUUAAGGUUUAUACUCGAAAUAAGUAAAUCCUGUGCAACAUUUUGCAGUUAAGGAUCAAACCACAGGUGGAAUAAACUUUGUUUAAAAAUGCUUUUGAACCAAA